AUGGAUGCAGACGAGGAGACGAGGCAGACGAGGGAGACGAGGCAGAGGGGAGGAGAGCAGAGGCAGACGAGGCAGACGAGGGAGACGAGGCAGACGAGGCAGACGAGGAGACGAGGCAGACGAGGGAGACGAGGCAGACGAGGGCAGACGAGGGAGGACGAGGCAGACGCAGACGAGGGAGACGAGGGAGACGAGGGAGACGAGGCAGACGAGGGAGACGAGGCAGACGAGGGAGACGAGGCAGACGAGGCAGACGGGAGACGAGGCAGACGAGGCAGACGAGGAGACGAGGGAGACGGGCAGACGAGGGAGACGAGGCAGACGAGGCAGACGAGGCAGACGAGGAGAACGAGGCAGACGAGGGAGGGACGAGGCAGACGAGGCAGAGAGGAGACGAGGCAGACGAGGGAGACGGGAGACGAGGGAGAGAGGCAGACGAGGAGACGAGGCAGACGAGGGAGACGAGGCAGACAGGGAGAGAGCAGACGAGGGAGACGAGGCAGACGACGAGGCAGACGAGGGAGGACGAGGCAGACGAGGGGAGACGAGGAGACGAGGGGAGACGAGGAGACGAGGCAGACGAGGGAGACGAGGAACGAGGGAGAGCAGAGAGGGAGACAGGCAGACGAGGCAGACGAGGGAGACGAGGGAGAGAGGAGACGAGGAGACGAGGCAGACGAGGCAGAGAGGGAGACGAGGGAGACGAGGCGAGAAGAGGCAGACGAGGGAACUAGGAACUAG